ACGACAAAGCCUUCUCCACAGCCAACGUCUGCAUCAACAACAAUAGAGACAACUCCUGUAGCAACAUCAAGAGAGACAACUCCUGUAGCAACAUCAAGAGAAACAACUCCUGUAGCAACAACAAGGGACACAACUCAAGAACCAAGCACAAGGGCGCCAACUUCUACUCCCACAGAAGCCCCUACUUAUAAAAAAUCUGAGAACUCGACUACAACUUUACCUCAAACUUCCUCGCUAACCACAACACACCAACCUGUCACUACCUCUACAGAACAACCGUCUACCGUGUUAGCUAGUACAUCUACUUCUACGGUUCAACCAACAACGUCUACGGCGCCACUAUCGACAUCAAAGGUUCGACCUACGACCACAAAGGUUCAACCAACGACCACAAAGGCACAACCAAUAACCACAACGGCACCAACUACCUCAACGGCGCAACCAACUACCUCAACGGCGCAACCAACGACAUCAACGGCGCAACCAACAACAUCGACCGCUAAACCAACGACCACAACGAUUCGAGCAACAACAACAUCAGAAGGUCAGUAA